CAAUUGGGUAGCACACAGACACUCUCUCAAUACUUGUGUUCUCUGCCAAUGGAUUACAUGGCACUUCGCAUAACUGUCAAACAUAUAUUAUUUUACAUACACUCUCGAGCAUAGAAGGCGAACGAACACAGAGUGCAGAAAACAAACGGAAUAUACGAGAACGAAAAAAAGACAAAAAUAUAUAUCUAUAUAAUAUUCUUCUUCUUUUUUGUUCAUUUAAUUCUUUUUUCAUUCAAUUUGAUCGCGCUUCGUUCGUACCAAGUCCCAUGAAAAAUCCAAAAAUCUUUGUUUUCUUUUUCACACAAAUAUAAAUCUCGUUUGCAUUUUUUUUUUUUGUUUGACCGUGUCACUGUCAUCGAAUCGAAUCAGAAGAGAGCAACAUACAACAAAAAAAGACUCGACUCACAUAUAUUCGCCUAGGUCUGUUUCUUUUCUCUUCUUCAUUUGGUUUCGUUUGGGAUUUUGGUUUUUGCCAGUGUUUGCCGCAUUUGUGUGUGAUUUUCAAUUUUGGAAAUGUGAAGUGUUUGCAUCGAAAUAAAUAAUAAAAAAGUUUUGUUGGCAGUUUAGACAAGUCAAGAGACUGUCGAACAUAAAUUUUGUAAUCAAUUCGUAUUGUUUGGUAUGUGGUUCACUUCUCAAGUUUGAAUUUACUUAGUUCGUGGCAUCGCGUUCAAAGCUGUGAUAAAAACGACGACUACAACGACAAGGAGAGAGAAAACUAAAAAGUUGUGUGCGUGUUAAGUGCAGAAAAUAUAUUGAGGCGACCCAGCGAAUAUCCGCGAAAAUACAAACCCAACUUAUGUGAAAAGAGUUGAAAAAAAAAAAUUAUUGACAUUUGAAGAAAAAAGUAACAAAGGAAAAAGUGUUUUAUCAUUGUGCAAAAAAAAUCAUUGAAUGCCCGAAGACACGCUUUAAAAUCAACGUUACAAACAUUUCUUUUAAACUGGAUUUGCAAUUCUGUCACCGCACCAGAAGCUCUCGAAAGAUUUCACUCGGGUCAGAAAAAUUGCUGCAUCUACAACUACAACAACAACAACAACAGCAUAUUUGCUGCGUGACGUUGCCAGUGAUUGACGAACUAUGGAAAAUAAUAUACAGCGAAAUGGGGAACCGGAACCAAAAGGUCCACCGCCCGUACCGAUUACAAAAACCAAUGCCACUCCGACAUCAAAUAAUCUGGGAUCGAACAAUACAGUGAAAAAAGACAAACGGAUGAAUAGCUCGCGUUUCAACAUAUCAAAAAAUCGUGAAUUAAUACCAUUGCCACGACUAGCCGAGGUAUCGGCCGCAGAACGUGAAGAUCUCUUCAUACAGAAAUUGCGACAAUGUUGUGUUUUAUUCGAUUUUACUGAGCCGCUAAGCGAUUUAAAGUGGAAAGAAGUGAAAAGAACCGCCUUGCACGAAAUGGUCGAAUACCUGACCAACGAGCACAAUGUUAUUACGGAAAAAAUCUAUCCGGAGGCUAUAAAUAUGUUCUCAAUAAAUUUGUUCCGAACGUUGCCACCAUCUUCCAAUCCAAAUGGUGCCGAAUUCGAUCCAGAAGAGGAUGAACCUACUUUGGAAGCGAGUUGGCCACAUUUACAAUUGAUUUAUGAACUGUUUUUACGAUUCUUAGAAUCGCCUGACUUUCAACCAACUAUUGCGAAACGUUUCAUUGAUCAACAAUUUUUGCUGCAACUAUUGGAUUUGUUCGAUUCAGAAGAUCCACGCGAACGUGACUUCUUGAAAACAGUUUUGCAUCGUAUCUACGGAAAAUUUCUAGCAUUACGUACAUUUAUUAGGAAACAAAUUAACAAUGUGUUCUACAGAUUCAUUUAUGAAACGGAACACCACAACGGCAUAGCCGAGUUGUUGGAAAUUUUAGGUAGCAUUAUAAAUGGUUUCGCGUUGCCGUUAAAAGAGGAGCACAAACAGUUUUUGUUGAAAGUGCUAUUGCCGUUGCAUAAAGUGAAAAGUUUAUCGGUUUAUCAUCCGCAGUUAACGUACUGUGUCGUACAGUUCCUUGAAAAGGACCCGAAUCUAACGGAGCCGGUUAUUAAAAGCCUGUUAAAAUUCUGGCCAAAGACACACAGUCCGAAAGAGGUGAUGUUUUUAAAUGAAUUGGAAGAAAUUCUUGAUGUCAUUGAGCCGGCCGAAUUUCAAAAAGUCAUGGAACCAUUAUUUCGUCAAAUCGCAAAAUGUGUAUCGAGUCCACACUUUCAAGUGGCCGAACGUGCCCUGUACUAUUGGAAUAAUGAAUAUAUUAUGUCAUUAAUUACGGAAAAUUCAACGGUCAUUUUGCCAAUUAUGUUUCCAUCAUUGUACCGCAACUCAAAAACACACUGGAACAAAACCAUCCAUGGUUUAAUCUACAAUGCGCUCAAAUUAUUCAUGGAAAUGAAUCAAAAGUUGUUCGAUGAAUGCAACACAAAUUUUAAACAGGAACGAGAAAUGGAAAAUGAAAAGCUAUCACACAGAGAAGUGGUCUGGCAACACGUGGAAAAUCUUGCUAAAACAAAAACUGAUUGGAUGAAAAAUACAGAUGGCGAUACUCGAUACAAUUAUAUGGACUACGAACGCGGUGAGAUGAAUAAUAUGCGAAACAAGGAUAAACCGUUGCUGCGAACCAAAUCCGAACUACCACACAAUUGCGAAACAAUUCAAGCAUUACAAGAUCAUAAGCGUGCUGAUGAAUUUUUGAAAACAACCAAUGAUGAAAAUAAGUGUUGAAUAUGUAUGUAUUGGUGUAUCAUAUAUCCUCCCAUCAAUAUUUCAAUGGAAAUGACUUUGUUUGCAGGUUGAAAUAGCGCAUAGACAUCAUAACAAAACUAGAAAGUGUCCAUUUAAAAUUUUUACCAAAUUUUCAAGCGAUAAUGAUUUGAUAUGAAUAUGACACAUUUAAGGAAAACAAAACUUCAAAUAAAAAUUUGACGCGAACAAUAAACAUAUACACACAGAGUUCACUACAAAUUUUGAUCGAAUAUUAAUCUACAUGGAUAUUGUUGUCUCAAAAUAAACAAAAACCAACUGAAUUGAAAAAUGUUGAGAGAAAAAAAUGAAUACAAACAGACACAUAGAUCAGUUUUAUCGAUGGAUUGAAUAUAAUAUUUACAAAUAAACAUAGCGUUAGUUAUAAUUUCUUAUUGAACAGAAAAAUUCAGAUAUUUAUAAACUGUAAAUGAAAAAAAGAAAAGAAAAAAAGCACAACCACACAGAGAUAAAAUAUUUCAUACAGGACUUAUGGACAAUUCGAUUUAGAUAUCAUUUAUUGUACCCGAUAUAUACAUAACUUUUAAACGAAAUCGCUGUAUUGAAAUGCAUAAAAAAAUAAGAGUUCUGUGUGAAUUGAUACAUACAUAUAUGUAUGUAUGUAUGCAUGAGGAUAAAUCAUAAAAAAAAUCCAGCAUCCAACAUUUCCUAAUAUAAAAAAUGCACCUUCUUUGAAUGCAGUGAACUGAACAAAAGUCAUCUAUGCAUGUGUAAACAAUGAAAAGUCUUUAUAUGUUCAUAUUUUUCACCAAAUUUAAAUUGUAUCAGAUGACUUCAACAUUAAUGUGCUGAAAUGAAAACUAGAGAAGAAUUUAAAAAUAUCGAAAUACAAAUGAACAAAUUUUUCAUUUUGCAAGCAAAUUAAAUGCUCUUAAUUUGGUGUUUAAAACAAUUUGUAGUGCGUGCGUUUCAACCGCAGAAAUUCUAAUUCAUCCAAUUCAUUAAUUCAUCCAUUUUUGUUUUAUAUACAUAUAAAACUUGUGUAAAAUGAUGUACUUUAUAACACACAGACAGAUGGUCUGCAAGAGAAAAUAGACAUAAAUAUGAACUUAAACUUAUGGAACCAUUAUACAAAACGAAAGAAGAGAAAAGAAAAUGAUGAUGAGAAAUAAAAAGACGAUUGACUUUUAAAUAAUAUUCUAAUGAUUUACAGACAGAAAAAUCAGGUACAUUGAGAUAAAAUACGUUUCGUUCAAUCGUUUCAAUGAAAGAGGCAGCAAAGCAAGUUAAAAGUGUGAUGGCAGCAAAUCAAUUUAUCCUUAAAAAAAACUUUCUCACAUACGCAAAAAAGAAAACAGUGAAUACACACACUUUUUUUUUAUUUUUCCAUGUUUAAUUGUUAAGUUAUUUUAAGAAAUGCCCACAAAAUAUUUCGAUUUAAAAAAUCGAAGCAAAAAAUUGGCAAAUAUUUGCGAUCGUUUCUGUUAAGUUGAAAACACACACAAAAAAAUAUAUUACAUUUUUAAGCAAAAAAAAAAAAAAAUUGAAAUUACUUGUUAUUGAAAAAUUAAAAAAAAAAUAAAAUUUUGGAACUUAAAUGGAUAACAGAUGGAAUAGUGUCCCACAAAUGGGGAACUAAAUUUUUAAUUUAAAUGUUUUCUGUAUAUAUUUAAUUGAAACAAAAUAAAAGGUUCUAUAUUGAAGAGCGUAUUUCAUAAUGUAAGUCUAUAUCGUAAGACAGAGGAAGAAAACAGUUAAAUGUGUUUUCAUAUAUAUUAUAUUUCGUAAGUGAAAGAUAUUAUACGGAUGAAAGAAACAAACAAAAAUAUACAAAGAGAACAUGAAUGAAGCAAAUUGUGAAUUUGUAUAUCAA